AUAACAAAAUCUUCAAAUGAUGUCUUCUGUCCUUCAGUGUCUUAAGGAUUAGUCACUUUCUUUCUGACCUUGCGCCCUAUUUUACCAAAUUACACUAAUCUCCCACUUUCGGUGAGGUUAAUCCCUCAGGAGGGCGGAAUAUAAGAGCUGCUCAGUGUCCUGGGGAGUUGAUCACUUGUUCUCAGGGACUGGCCCUUUCUCCACAUUAUUUAGAAUUUGAGGAUUUUUUUUUUUUUUUUGCUUGUUUGCUUUUUUUGUCUGUUCUUGUGUUCCCUCCUGUAUUUCAUCAUGAACGGGACAGAGGGUCCAAACUUCUACGUGCCGAUGUCCAACAAGUCGGGUUUGGUGCGCAGCCCGUUCGAGGAGCCGCAGUACUACCUAGCCGAGCCAUGGAAGUAUUCGCUGCUAGCUGCCUACAUGCUCUUCCUCAUGAUCACUGCCUUCCCAAUCAACUUCCUCACUCUCUACGUCACCGUGAAACACAAGAAACUCCGCACGCCCCUCAACUACAUUCUUCUGAACCUAGCUGUUGCUGGCUUGUUCAUGGUCUUCGGAGGCUUCACGGUCACACUCUACACCGCCCUGCAUGGUUAUUUUGUCCUGGGUGUAACAGGGUGCAAUAUUGAGGGCUUUUUCGCCACCAUGGGAGGUGAGAUUGGCCUGUGGUCCCUGGUAGUUUUGGCUAUUGAGCGCUACAUUGUGGUGUGUAAGCCUGUGUCCACAUUUCGUUUUGGAGAUAAGCACGCCAUCAUUGGAGUUGGCUUCACUUGGAUCAUGGCCCUCACCUGUGCUGGCCCACCACUUCUUGGCUGGUCCAGGUAUAUUCCAGAAGGGAUGCAGUGUUCAUGUGGAAUAGAUUACUACACCCCAAAGCCUGAAUACAACAACACAUCGUUUGUCAUCUACAUGUUCAUCCUCCAUUUCUGUAUUCCACUCCUGGUCAUCUUCUUCUGUUACAGCCGCCUUCUCUGCACUGUUCGCGCGGCCGCAGCUCAGCAGCAGGAGUCGGAGAGCACUCAGAGGGCAGAGAAAGAGGUCACCCGAAUUGUGGUCGUUAUGGUGAUCGCUUUCCUGGUGUGCUGGUUGCCGUAUGCCAGUGUUGCAUGGUACAUAUUUGCCAACCAGGGCUCUGAGUUCGGACCUGUUUUCAUGACCGUGCCAGCGUUCUUCGCCAAGAGCGCUGCCUUUUACAAUCCCGUCAUCUACAUCUUCCUCAACAGACAGUUCAGGAACUACAUACUGGUCACCCUGUGCUGUGGAAAGAACCCGUUCGGUGAGGAUGAGACCAGCACCACGUCCUCUACAAAGACCCAGUCCUCUGUGGUCACCUCAAGCCAGGUGGCCCCUGCCUGAACCUGUGACCUCUGACCUCCAGCCCUUUCAACCACACCCCCAGUGUACCUCGAACACCAUCAGCGAAGUAGCCUCCUGUUGGCUGACCUUUAAACGGCCAAUUGUCUAUUCUCGACUUUACAUUUAUGUUUAGUCUCCCAUCAAGCAGUUACUUCUAUACAGUUUGUUUCUGGAUUGCUGUUGUGUGAUUGUAAUAUGCACACUGGAGCCUGGCAUGUCGUCUAAUGUAGGUUUUAAUGGGAACAUGUUCAGUUGAGUUAUGCAGAGCUUUGAUACUUUCCAUUUGUUUUCACUAUCAUUAGCCCCCCGGGCAUCCUCCCUCAUUUUGCUUAUUAAAAGUUAUCAGGUUAUUAAAUAAAUCUGUAGUUUACACUUUUAGAGUGAACUUUGAAGCCCUGCUCCUUAUCCAUUACUCACCGUGUUGUGGCCUGUGACGAGUGAAUGAUGUGAUAAAUGGGUAGAAUGCCAGACAGCUGUGAGUCAUGAGAAACAUCUGGAGUCACAGGUUCAUGGAUGUCACAUUCAGCCUUUGGGAUUCUAUUUGUGCUUGGUGCAUUUGGCUCAUUGUUAGAGGAAGUGUUAGGAUGCGAGUGUUACCAUUUGAAUUGUCGUGCAGUGUGAAAUAAUAAAAUAUAAGGAGAAGAAAAAGAUCUGUUUUGUCCUCAUACAGCCCACUU